ACAGACACACUCCAGAACCUGUUACAAAGCCAGCGCACUUGUAGUUCUUCCAGUGGCAGACCUCGACACAAUGGCAACCAAGGACGGAGAAUACGGUGCCAUAACAGACGCCACUGAGGACACUGAGACGCUUUGUGAUCUGGUGAAGAAAACAGUGGAGGAAAAGACAGGAAAGAAGUAUGUGGAAUUCAAAGCAGUUAAAUACAGGCAGAAAGAUGUUGUGGGAGGAACCAACUACCUUAUCAAGGUUCAUGUUGGAGGAGAUGACUACAUUUAUUUGACAGUCUUUGAAAAUAUCGGAGAAGAGGUUUUCCUGCAUGAUGUACAGGAUCAUCAGACCAAAGACAGCCCCCUCGUACCUUUUUAGAAACUGAUCGCAGAACCAGAUUCAACAGUAAAAU